AUGGCCACAGAGGUAUUGAAACCAACAAUAAUCGGCUCUUUAGCUUGUCAAAAGAAUUCUUUUGUCAAGAACGAUUUCCAAACCGUAGUCUUGAGAUGCGAACCAACCCAAAAGACUACUCUUUACGAGGUAGAACUUCAGGACACAAUUUUAUUUCCUGAAGGAGGGGGGCAACCUGGUGACACCGGUUUCAUUUUGCCAGCUGGAUCUGUUGAAGAGAUUAUAGUGUCGCAAGUCGCUCGAAAAGGUCUGCAUGCGGUGCACUAUGUGAACAAGUUUAUAGAACCUGGUUCCAAGGUGGAGCUUCAGGUCAAUUGGACACAACGAUUGGAUUAUAUGCAGCAGCACACCGGCCAGCAUCUUUUGAGCGCUAUCCUGGAGAACGAAUGGCAGCUGGAUACGCUAUCGUGGUCCAUGGGAGGAACUCCAAGUGACAAAAAGCCCAAUGUGGAGCCCAGCGAUCUGUUCAACUACGUUGAAAUUGGCCGGAACCUCAGCGACGAGGAAAUCAUUGAGCUCUCGGACUUGUGUAACGAAUACAUUACUACUAAGGCACAAGCAAUAGAGGUGGAUCAGCAAGGCUCGGAAGACUGCGAUUCCGAAAAGGGUGUCAUGAGGACCGUGCGCAUUGGAGAAUUAGAUGCGAACCCUUGUUGCGGAACACAUUUACAGAGCACCUCCCAAAUAGGUUCCAUUCUGAUCUCACCUUUCCAAAACAAGGUGCGGGGAAAAAACUCGAAACUCUACUUCAUGUGUGGUUCUAGGGUACUCAAAUAUGCCCGGUUCUCUCACUCGAUUACAAGCCGUGCCAAGACUCUGCUGUCUUGCACUGAAGCCGAAGUUCCUCAAAAGAUCGAAUUUCAGCGUAUCGCUUCACAAAAGAUCUCUAAGCGGGAACAGUAUUGGGUGAAAGAAUUUGCCAGCUCUAACCUGGUCUCAAUUAUACAAGCAGUGGAGCUACGCAAGAAAGGUCAUCUUGCAGUGGACGAAUUUGGCACUUUGGAUGUGCUUGCCCAUAUUCAAAAGGGCUUAAAUUUGGAGAUUGAGAAACGCCAAAUUCAAGAUUAUAAUAUAGUGCUUUGUGGUCGUGAAAAGGCCACCAAUUCCGGUGCUAUUCUCAUCCUGUCCAACUCUGGCACCGAAAUUGUUUCUACAGCAUCUGAAAUAAGCGGCCUUGUUCAAAAGUUGAAAGGUGGUGGUGGGAAGAACGGUGGGAAAUGGCAGGGAAAAGUCAUUGAGUAUGGUGAAUUAGAGUGGGAUCUAAUGGUCCAGUUCUUGUCAGAGAGUUUUUGA